CCGAAGUGCAUGUUUGGGAUUUUGUUGAAGAAAGCUGGAUACAGUAAACGGAGAGUCUUGGAAGAUGCUUGACCGCUGUCUUUUCUCAGACUAGUCUGAAAGGGGAUGCCCCAUUCAGUCAGUGGUGGAUCUGAAGUGCAGAGUACUUCCAGAACACUUCAGUUAUGGAAGAUCAAAAUGAAGAUGAGUCCCCAAAGAAAAGUGCUCUUUGGCAGAUAAGUAACGGAACAUCAUCUGUGAUUGUCUCCAGAAAGAGGCCAUCAGAGGGGAACUACCAGAAAGAAAAGGACUUGUGCAGUAAGUACAUUGGCCAGUGGUCUCAAACAGAUCAGGUGGAAUUUGUGGAGCACCUUAUCUCACGAAUGUGUCAUUAUCAGCAUGGACAUAUUAACUCUUACCUGAAGCCCAUGUUGCAGCGGGACUUUAUCACCGCCUUACCAGAACAAGGCUUAGAUCACAUAGCAGAAAACAUCCUUUCCUACCUGGAUGCCAGGUCUCUGUGUGCAGCAGAGCUGGUGUGUAAAGAAUGGCAGCGAGUGAUCUCAGAAGGGAUGCUGUGGAAGAAGCUGAUUGAGAGGAUGGUGCGCACUGACCCUCUGUGGAAGGGCCUCUCAGAAAGAAGAGGGUGGGAUCAGUACCUGUUUAAAAACAGACCUACAGAUGGCCCUCCCAAUUCAUUUUAUAGAUCAUUGUACCCAAAGAUUAUCCAGGACAUAGAGACCAUAGAAUCAAAUUGGCGGUGUGGACGACAUAACUUGCAGAGGAUCCAGUGCCGCUCUGAAAAUAGUAAAGGUGUUUACUGUUUGCAGUACGAUGAUGACAAAAUUAUCAGUGGCCUCCGAGACAACUCUAUCAAGAUCUGGGAUAAAACCAGCCUGGAAUGUUUGAAAGUGUUAACGGGACACACGGGCUCUGUCCUCUGCCUCCAGUAUGACGAGCGAGUCAUUGUAACUGGUUCUUCAGAUUCAACAGUGAGAGUAUGGGAUGUGAACACGGGUGAAGUUCUCAACACACUCAUCCAUCACAAUGAAGCUGUGCUGCACUUACGCUUCAGCAAUGGACUGAUGGUGACUUGUUCCAAGGACCGUUCGAUUGCUGUGUGGGAUAUGGCUUCUGCCACUGAUAUCACUUUACGUCGUGUCCUGGUUGGCCACCGUGCUGCUGUCAAUGUAGUAGACUUUGACGACAAAUACAUUGUGUCUGCCUCUGGAGACAGGACCAUUAAAGUGUGGAGCACGAGCACUUGUGAGUUCGUUCGCACUCUGAAUGGGCAUAAGCGGGGCAUCGCCUGUCUGCAGUACCGGGACCGGCUGGUUGUUAGUGGAUCAUCAGAUAACACCAUCCGGCUAUGGGAUAUUGAAUGUGGUGCCUGUCUAAGAGUCCUAGAGGGGCAUGAAGAAUUGGUCCGAUGCAUCCGUUUUGAUAACAAGAGGAUUGUCAGUGGCGCCUAUGAUGGGAAGAUUAAAGUCUGGGACUUGCAAGCUGCUCUUGACCCUCGGGCCCCGGCAAGCACAUUGUGUCUUCGCACCUUGGUGGAACACUCUGGACGUGUGUUUCGACUGCAGUUUGAUGAGUUUCAGAUCAUCAGCAGUUCCCAUGAUGACACUAUUUUGAUUUGGGAUUUCUUAAAUGUGCCUCCCAGUGCCCAGAAUGAGACACGCUCUCCCUCCAGAACCUACACCUAUAUCUCCAGAUAGCGGUCUGCACUUUGGCCCAAUCUGGGUUUCCUGGUCUUGAACUACUGGCUACAUGGCUACCACAUGCCUAAGGGAGUUCGUUCACAGCUGAGUUCUGGGGCUGGAAUUGGUUCUAGAUGCUGGGUAGACACAAAGCAGCCCCACUCUUCAAGCCCCAACGUUUCUCACCGCCCCCGGCUCUACUUGGAGAAGGACAGCUUAGCUCACCAACUGCAAGUAGAGCAGCCGCUCAUGCCCCUCCCUCCAGUGAAGAGCCCAACUCUUCCUUCCGAUGCACAUGCUCACAGGAAGGACACAUGGCUUGUUCUUCAGAAGCAAGGCGACCAUCGGGUGAAGACUGGCCUCUAAUUCACAUCGCUUUGCACCUUGGUUUGGUACUAAAAACAGCAUUGCAUUUUUGGUGAAGUGUUGGGCGUUCAGGGCUUUCCUCUCCAGCAGCAGCAGCAGCAGCAGCAGCAGCAGCAGCUUCUCUUUAGACCUUCAGGUCAUCGUCGUUCUGACGAACAUAGGAAUGUGUCGGACAAUGGACAGCUCUGGAUUAUUUUAGUAUUUUUGGAUUACACUUCCUUUCUGUACCGGUUUCUUUUAAUUUAAAGAAUAAGCAAGUUAUAUUACCUCUCCAUAGGUAAUAUAGCUAUUUUCUUUUAUUAACUGUUCUGUUCCCUCAUCAUUUCCUGAUAUUUGGUAGAGUAACACCUUUAUCCACGUGCUUGCCUCCUAAUUUAAAAUACUGUACCCGCAUGUAGAUAUAAUGUACAUAACAAUUCAAGCUCAAGGUUGCCGUGUAGGGCCCCCUGCAUGGAGACACUGCUGUGGAGUGUUGCUCUUAGCAGGAGGUGGGCCUGAGAGCCUGACUCCAAGGUUGCUGUGAUUUCCUAGAACCUUCUGCAGUAUUCAUUUGCGUUUUAUUUGUCACUGUCCUGUGUGCGCUGUUUUCAGAUGGAACUUCAGAAGUUUAACAUGGUGUUUAUUUGUUUUUUGACAUCUGCAGUGGACAGGUAGCUUCGCAAUCUACCUGUCACUGUGCUUUUCCUCAUGAGUACCCCUCCCGAGAGCUAAUGGUCACCUCAUCAUGGUGAUCUUGGCUUCUCUGUCCAACAUCCUUCUAUGUGGCAGUUACCCUGAGGCAGGGAGAAGGCAGCCCUGUUGACGGGGCUCCUGGCUUUGGGCUCUGUGCACUCUGGCAGGGUGUUGGAGUCAGCUGCUGAGUGAGAGCCUGCGGAGCAGGUGAGCUGUUCAGAGCCACAUUAAGGGCAAGGCACUCCUGUGUGGAGCAUAGCCUCAGGCCCGUCAGCUCUGGUGCCACUCAUCACUCAGUUCUCAAAGCUCCGAGUGGGAGGGGGCACACAGAAAGGACAUUGGUCAACAUUGUUUCCCUCUUUCAAGAUUAGGUUUUGAUUUGCCCCUCUCCAUUGUUUCCAAAGAUCAAGGAAUGUCAGUACCCUUUCAAAGGACCAACCAGCCCUCCCUGUGAAUGGAGCCUCUUCCCAUGGAAGCACACUCUAGGAGAGAGAAGGCCUCUGGGCUCCACUUGGCCUUGCAUUGUGAAUGCUGUGGGGAUCAGUGUGUGUUGGUGAUUUGUUUACUGGGUUGAUGUUGCUUUUUAGUUGUUGGUUUCUUUUCUUUCUUUUUUCUUUUUUCUUUUUUUUUUAAUACAUCAUUCUCACAUGCUUCUACAUUUGUUUCUGAGAGGUGGGGGCUCAAAUGUAUACAAAGUAGUCCCCUGUCUAUAAGGGGAGUGUGGACACACCACUCACAGCUCAUCAUCCAUUUGACAGGAAUGCCCAGGGGAUAGGGAGGGGGAGGGGAGGAAGUGAAUUCUGAACAAUUGGACUUUUCUGUUGUUUUUGCAUGUUAAAUAUAGAAGUUCGUGUCCAUCCUUGGGAGAUCAUGGCCUUCAAAUAUGCACACGACCUUUGAAUUGUGCCUACUAAAUUAUAGCAGGGGACUUGGGUACCCAAGGAAUUCCAAUUUCUGGGAUUACAGUAGUAAUUCCCAGUUGUACUCUGGACUUUAUUUUGCUAACCGUAAUUGAGCAACUGUAAAUUACUGCUAUAUUAAUGUGUUAAAGCACUGGGGUAGUCUAAUUCUAACUGGUAAUUAAUUAUGUUUGCCAAUUAUCUGUUUGAAAUAAAUAUGUGUCUGAACAGCUAUUGAAACUGUUAAAUUGUACAGAUAUUAUCAUGACGGCUUUGUACUGUGGAAUGUGCUUAAUAAAAAAGUUUGACCUUUGUCCAAUAAAUUGCUAAGUAAUGUCAGUAAAUCAAGAUGAGUAUUAUGCAGUACACCUGGCCUGGCUUCAUGGCCUUUGUUACUUCAGCUACUAAUUCAAAGCCAAUACUCUCAAUAAAGUGUUGCAGUACUCCA